CAGGGCGCCAUUUUGAACUAUACCUAAAUGGCAAAGCUGCUACGAAAUAGAAAAAGUAUAAAGGGUUGCCUAUUGUUUUUCCUCGUUAAAAAGUAAACAAAUGAAGAUGCACCCUUUAACUCUUAUAGGAAUGAAAAUUCUCAGUGGACCUUUCUUAUGGCACUGUCGACAUUUGUCAGAGAUACCGGCUCGGAUCUUUGUCACGUUUGGCUCUUAGCGCUGAUUGGUGUAACUACACAUCAAUCACGCCUAAGCUCCCCCCUUAUCCCAUUCAGUCACUUGCUGUAAUGUUCCGCUGUGUUUACUAUUGUAUUUAGUGUAACGUUACUGAGCUGAGCACGUAUAUGCUGAGUUCUCCUCUAAAGCAUCUGUUUUCCUUGUGUUUUACGGAAUCUAUUUAGGAAUCCAACAUGCCUAAAAGAAAGAGAGCAGAUGGGGAUGCAAAGGAUGAGCCUCAAAGGAGAUCUGCACGGUUAUCGACAAGACCAGCUCCUGCAAAGGCUGAACCCAAAUCAAAAAGGACAGCUAAGAAAGACAAAGCAGUCAAUGUCAAAAAGGAGGACAAAAAGACCAAGAUGAAGGCCAAGGAGUCCUCAGAGUCUGCAGCCAAUGAGGAGAACCACUCAGAAAAUGGAGAUGCAAAGGUCGCAAAGACUCACAAAGAAACAAAGGAAGCAAAGUCUGAGUAACACUAUUGCCUCCCAUCAACACUGUCGUUGCAACUCCUCAUCACUCCUAAUAUUGUGUCAUUGUCCAACCUCCAAGGCACAUUGUUAACAAAGAAAUAUUUUUAUCAAUGGUUUUAUAAGUAUCAGUACAAAUUUUUAGCACAAACUGAAGCUAAAUACUGAGCACCUACUGAGAUUUGCAGUGAUUGUUUCUGCGAGAAUGCCACACUAAAAUAUUUUUAAAUGCCAUUUAUUGUUAUUGAUAACUUAUUUGGUCUAGAAAAAUCUUACCUGAAUCUAGGGUUUUGAGUGUUUUCUUAAAUUGUUUCCACAUGCUCUUCACUCUUCUUCCUCACAUAUUUUUAAGGUUUUCCAAGUUAUUAUACAUGGCUGGGGGAAACUGACUUUUUAACCUCAUGUAUUUUUUUCUUGCUGUUUAUCCAUUUGCCCUAGAUUUUGAUGUAUUAUACAUAAGAAAAAAAAAAAAAAACAUCACAACCUUCAAGCAGAGACUUUACAGAGCUGAUGUAUUUCACUCUAUCCUGCAAAACAACAACAAAAACAAACUGAAAAUUAAAAUGGCAGCUUAUUAAAUAUCAUGUUUUCAUGCAAAUUGUAAUUUUUUUUACUCUGUGAUUCUGACAUUUACUGAAGUCUGCAGGUUGUUACGUACUCUCUGAUGUUGAAGUGUCUGCUAAUAAAAAUGAUGGAAUUUUCCUCA